UAAACUUACAUAGAGCAGUGUCAUUGAGAAACAUGGCGGCGUCCACGGGGGCUGCAGAUGCUGCUGCUGCCUCAGACUCUACAGGUCCAGCUUCCUCGGUUCCGAGCAUGGGCAGUCCAGCGAUCCAGUACAGUAUGGUUCUGGAGCACCUGGUAGGGGAGAAGCGGCCCAUUAAAGACCUGAGCCCCGGUGUUAUGGGGGGUCUGCCGGUGCCUCUGAAAAGCGACGAGCAGAAGAUGAUAGAGAGGGGAAUGGAGAGCUGCGCCUUCAAGUCGGUCCUGGCCUGUGUAGGAGGGUUUGUUCUCGGAGGAGCUUUUGGUGUGUUCACAGCUGGUAUCGACACCAAUGUCGGCUUCGACCCCAAAGACCCGCUGAGGACCCCGACGGCCCGAGAAGUCCUUAAAGACAUGGGCCAGAGGGGCAUGUCGUACGCCAAGAACUUUGCUAUUGUGGGCGCCAUGUUUUCCUGCACUGAGUGCAUCAUUGAAUCACACAGAGGAAAAUCUGACUGGAAGAACGCGGUGUACAGUGGCUGUGUGACCGGAGGAGCCAUAGGCCUUCGCGCUGGUCUCAAAGCCGGAGUCCUCGGAUGCGGAGGAUUUGCUGCGUUCUCUGCUGCCAUCGAAUAUUACUUGCGAUGAGACGAGAGGCUUUACGGACAAGAACUUGUUUUCUAUGUGGACUCGCUGCGAGGAAGCCGGGGUAGAGAGAGGAACGUCGACGAACGUUGGCUUCAGGGACUCUGCUGGGACCUGAACAGCGCUUGCAGGGGCUGUUCCUGCGUCUCCAGUCACAGAAUGUCAUGAGCAGAGAAACUUCUGCACCCGGGUCCUGAUACCGAGGCCCAGAAACCACUGUUUGGUUACAGGCUUGUUAUAUAAAUUGACAGAAUGUAAUCAAGUAGGAUUAUUUAUAUUAAAGUUGUUCUUUUUCAAGUGGUUCGUUCACUCAGUAAUUUUAACAAUCAGAAAUAUUCCAGUGUCAAUUUUCCUGACUUGGGGAAUUUUCUGAAACAUGCUAUGCCUCUUUCUUUGUCAGUCUGUGUGUUCAAUAUGACGGCACUUUGGGUUGUUGCCAGUAUCAUUGUGCUUCCGAUUAUGAAUUAAAGGAGAUAAGAGGAAUUAUGCUCUUAGGCUUUAUGUUGAAUACUCUUUCUGACCCAACUCUGCAUUUAUCCAGACUUGGUACCGGCACAGGGAAUCACUGAGUUCUGACCCCUUAUGGCCGCGUUCGACCUCUUGUUACUGCACUGACCUCUCUUUAGUGAUUUCUUCUUUCUGGCAGUGAUCAGGGUCUGGAUUGCUAAUCUGUGUUUAAUCUCAGUUAUUUAAUGUUUUAUCAAAGACCAGGUCUGUUUUGAUCUCUUUUUCUGUAUUUACUUUGAUAAUCUUUGUCUAAUAUUAACAGUUUAUUAAUCUACAGAAUUAAGAGUGACAAAAAACCCAGAAAAUCUACAUUAAUAAUUUUCUCAGACACAAAGUGAGUGCUUCAAUAUUUCUUUUAAUUUUACUUAAAAAAAAAAAAGAGGGAAAAAGUUCACAUGGACAUUUAGUCGCAAUAUUACAGCAUAUUGAAAUUCUUCUCAAAGGAAGUAAAAUACAACAGUUUUUGUUUCAUUUUAUUCUUAUAUUAAAAAUAUCAAAUAUUACUCAUUUAGCAGUGCUUGCAUUUUCUUAAGAUAUGUAGGCUUGAUAGCAGAAAGGUUGGCUUUGUAUCGAUUUCUUCCUUCUCCUUCCCAGAGACGGCCUACCUUUGUGUUACCCGGCCAAAUUUCAUCGACAAGCUGAACAUGCAAUGAGGGCGUCUACGCAAAAUCAUCCUACAGAUAACACUGGUGCAGCAACACACUUGGAACAGGCUUGAAAUGCAAGAAGAAGCAGAGGAAGAAAAUAAAAGUCAACUGUUCCGUUUAUGGUGUUAUUUCCCCUCUCCCCUGCCGUCAACCCUCAUGUGCCCUCGCUUGUCUACAAAGUGAUCAGAACUGAACUGGCAGACUUAUCUUCUCAGAACGGCUCACCGACCACGCGGUGAUACAGAAAAAACUGGCUAAAAAAACAAAAGAAAGAAACAUCACUACCUGGAUAAACUUAAAAAAAAAACAGACUCCUUAGAGAAUGUCUCUAGUUGCACAAAACUCUACAGGCACAAAUAUUAUAUAUAUAUUUUCAAAAUAAAUAGGGCUAAUUUUGGCCAAGACUCAGCGGAGAGGAGCGUCCUCUGUCCCUACGGAGACACAAUCCUUGCUGUUUCUUGGAAUGGCUUUCCAGCCGCCUCGAAAGUUUGCUUAGUCCCUUUAACACGAACUCACGCUCUCAGUGGAAAACAUCCACAGUCCUACUCACACUCACACACAUACCCGCACGCACACACACACAAACACACGAAGCCAGGAAAAAC